AGUGAUACAUGGAGCUGAUGGAUAUGGAGGAUAAGGUAGUCGGGCAUCCCAAGGUCUUCCAUCACAACCACCGGAGGACCAUCACAGCAGCCAACAAGGACACAGGUCAGCUUAGACCAUGAGACUCUCCUCUGGUUGGACGAUACUUCUUUACCUGCUGAUUCAUGGAGCUGCAAUAUUCUGCACAGUAAAGAAGCCGAGCAGCCACCCUGGGCGGUUUGCAAAUGCCACCUUGGUGCGGCUGGCCGAGUUCUUAAGCACUGGAUACAAGAAAGGGGUGAGACCUGUGAAGGACUGGAGGACGUCCACUCUGGUGGCCAUAGACCUCAUGGUGUACUCCAUCCUCAAUGUGGAUGAGAAGAACCAGGUUUUGACAACAUAUGUGUGGUACAGACAGUCAUGGACGGAUGAAUUCCUGGUGUGGAACCCAGAGGAUUUUGAUGAAGUCAAACAAGUUUCCCUGCCCACAGCAAACGUCUGGGUUCCUGACAUUCUCAUCAAUGAGUUCGUCGAUGUGGGAAAGUCUCCAGAUAUUCCUUAUGUCUAUGUUACACAUGAGGGGCUGGUGCAAAAUUACAAGCCCAUCCAGGUGGUCACUGCCUGCACACUCAACAUCUACAACUUCCCGUUUGAUGUCCAGAAGUGCAGCCUUACCUUCCAGAGCUGGCUCCAUACCAUCAAUGACAUCAACAUCACCCUGAUGAGAAGCCCAGAGAAGCUCAGGGACGACAAGAGCGUCUUCAUGAACCAAGGAGAGUGGGAGCUGCUGCACAUCCUGUCCAACUACAAAAUCUUCAGCGUGGACAAUGACGACUAUUAUGCAGAGAUGAAGUUCCACGUGGUGAUCCGACGGCGGCCUCUGUUUUACACCGUGAAUCUGCUGCUGCCCAGCAUUUUCCUAAUGGUAAUGGACAUCGUCGGUUUCUAUCUGCCUCCGGACAGCGGAGAGAGAGUCUCUUUUAAGAUCACUUUGCUGCUCGGCUACUCCGUCUUCCUCAUCAUUGUAUCCGACACUCUACCUGCCACUGCCAUUGGAACGCCGCUGAUAGGUGUGUACUUUGUGGUCUGCAUGGCUCUCCUGGUGAUCAGCCUUACGGAAACCGUGUUGAUUGUUCGUCUGGUCCACAAGCAGGACCUGCAGCCACCCGUGCCUCAUUGGGUGAAGUACCUGGUCCUGGAAAGAGCUCCGGUCCUUUUCUGUAUUCACAAGAAAAACCGUUUCUGUGCCAGACUGUCUUCCCAGACGUCAGAGCUAGACCGCUACAAGGAAAACAACUAUGGGACCACCCAGUGCUCCCUCCACCACACCUGUGAAAUAGGCCAGAGGCUCAGCCAACCGGACAGAGAGGUGGGGAUGCUAGGACUUCGUCUGCCCCCUUCCAGGGACAACACCCCGCCUGUCAUGGACAAUAUUCUGCAGGAGGUAACGGCGAUCCGGCAGUUCCUGGAAAAGAGGGACAGGUGUCGGGAAAUCGCGAAAGAGUGGCUCCAGGUUGGCUACGUGCUGGACGUGCUGCUCUUCAGAGUCUACCUAGUGGCUGUGGUUGCCUACAGCAUCACACUGGGCACUCUGUGGUCAGUUUGGCAGGUGGCCUGAGUUUCGCCCCUAGUCUCAGGGUAGGUGAAUAACAAAUAAGAAUCACAGAGUAAGUGGUUUAAGUACAUCAGAUUAAAGGAGGCAUUCACGAAUAGGGAAAUGACUCCUGUAGAUGAGCCCUCAAUGCAAAUUGACCUAAAUGUUCUCAUCAACAUUACGUUUUAAGCCUAAUUAAGUAGAUUAAAGGCAUAUGACUAAAAUCGGCUUUAUAAGGAGCGGCAAAAAGCUUUUUAAGAUUCUCAGAUUGUCAUUCUGUCUCAUAAUGUUUUAAGUGGAGCCAAGUAUUAUUUCAUAAAAUAUAUAAGAAAUGAAAAUGCUAUGCAUAGAUAUUAAAUUGUAGAAAAACAUCUCUUAUAUUUUGCAAAAAACGUAUUGACUGAGAAACUACAGAUUGCCUGAUGGCAAAUCAUUCUUCUGGACUGCUUCCUGCAUAUACAGCAUAGUUGCUUAAAGAAGAAGAAACUUUAGACGGGUGAAAAGACACAAUGCAUUGAGAGUUUCACACCAGGGCUGCCGACACAGUGUCUUGAUUUUCCUAGGGGUUUUCUGUGUAUCUGAAAACAGUUUAAUCCAGUUAUGACUUGAAGAAACGAAAUGCAUCUGACUUUAUUUUUGGUCCAUUCUAUAAAGCCUUUAACUCAACGCUAUUUCUGACAUUUUGAAUUGGAAAAAGUUUCCUGGAUGGGAGACAAAACAUCUUCAAACUUCGAAACAAAGUCCAGUGGAUUGUUUUUUUUUCUUCUUUUUUUACUUUUUUGGAAUGCAUUUCAUGAAACAUUAUUAACAUUAUUUUCUGAUUAACCUGUUAUUUAUGUUACAUUUAAAUUGGAAUAAAGGACAACUAAUAUUUAGUGUCACUAAGGUCUAUGUAGAUUUUGCCAUAGCACAGAUUUUAUUGUUCUUUUGCUUCCAUUGUUCAUGAUUAGACAACAAUUUAGGGCUAAAAGAGCCAAAAAUAAUGGAGAUGAUUGAAAAACUCUGCCCUGACUUAUGUAACACAUUACUGAUAUAUGCCCCUUUUAUAGUGUUUAAGGUCAAAGCAUGACCCAACAAUAUUACUUUGCCCUUCACUUUGUCUACAUUACAUUAACAUUGACUCACCUCUGCAUGCUUAAUGCUUAAAUCUUAAUGCUUAGAUUUAAUGCUUAAUCUCUGUGUUACUCCCAUA